AUGGUCGGCAAGAUCCAUGUGGCCCUUGUUGGCUUCUUCGGCGUGACCGGCGCUCUGGGUGCCACGCGAUGGAAUCUGCGUAGAGACGAGACACCGUCGAUGCCCUACGACCCCGACACGACCUCGUACUGUACCUGGUGGUGGGACAAUGAUGGCUCCGUUGCGUGCAAGGAUAUCCCAUCUGCUUGGGGCAUCACGUUGGCCGACUUCCGGCGAUGGAAUCCCUCUAUCACGGAGGCGUGCGGGAACUUGCUGGCGGAUCACUCCUACUGUGUCGAGGCCUUUGGGGAACCAGCCCCGACGACAUCAGCGCCCACUACCACCACCACGGCUGGUGCGCCAGGUCCAACUCAACCAGGUCAGAUUGACACAUGCAACCGCUGGGAUCUGGUAGAGUCUGGAAACACCUGUGAUACCUUCACCAACAAGUAUCCCGGUCUGACACGCCAGCUGCUGGUGGAGUGGAACUCCGAGAUUGGCGCCCAGUGCCAGUAUCUCUGGGUGGACUACUAUAUCUGUACGGGAAUCAAAGGAUGGACGCCCACGGGCACAACCUCUGGCACCACGCCCACUGCCACCAACGGCAUUCCCACUCCCAGCCCCAUCCAGCCCGGCAUGAUCGAGACCUGCAACAAGUUCCACCUUGUCUCGUCGGGCGAUGACUGCGGUACCAUCGCCUCGAAGUACGGCAUCUCGCGUGCCGACUUCCUCGCGUGGAACUCGGGCGUGGGCGCCGGCUGCGGCUCGCUCUGGCUGGACUACUAUGUCUGCGUGUCCAUCGUGGGCUCAACACCCUCCACCACCACCAGUCCGACCAGUCCGACCAAUGGCGUCACAACCCCAACCCCUAUUCGCCCAGGCAUGGUCGCCAAUUGCGAUAAGUUUCACAUGGUCGUCGAAGGCGACGAGUGCCGCGCCCUCGCCAACACCAACGGCAUCACGCUCGACCAGCUCGUGACCUGGAACCCAGAAGUAAAGACUGACUGCAGCGGCCUCUGGCUGGGCUAUUACAUCUGCGUGAAAGCCAUUGGCGUAACCCCCACCGCAACGACCACGACUGGCCCCACACAGCCAACCAACGGCAUCGCAACCCCAACCCCCAUCCUCCCGGGUAUGGUCGCUAACUGCGACAAGUUCCAUAUGGUCGUUGACGGCGACCAAUGCGGUAACAUCGCGCAGAAGUACGGCAUCAGCCAGAGCCAGUUCUCAAAGUGGAACCCGCAGAUCGGCUCCGGCUGCUCAGGUCUCUGGUUGGGGUACUAUGUCUGUGUGAAGACGAUCGGCACAACCCCCACCAUCACUACCACCACCACGACCGUCGGAAACGGCAUUACCACCCCGACGCCAACCCGGCCGGGUAUCGUGGGCAACUGCGACGCCUUCCACAAGGUUAAGUCGGGCGAUACGUGUGACGCCCUCGCGGGCAAGUACGGCAUCACCACCAAUCAGCUGUACACGUGGAACACGCAAAUUGGCACCAACUGCGGCGGCCUGUGGGUGGAUUAUUAUAUCUGUGUGAGCAUUGUGGGGGUGAACCCUAAGCCGACCACAACGACCACGACGACCACGACGCAGGGUAAUGGCGUCGCAACGCCGACGCCCAUCCAGACUGGUAUGACGGGUAGCUGUAACAAGUUUUAUAAGGUGGUGAGUGGGGAUAGUUGUGAGACGAUCGCAAAGAAGGCGGGUGUCACGCUGGCGAACUUCUAUGCGUGGAAUAAGGGGGUUGGCAGCAGCUGUCAGACACUGUGGCUGGGAUACUAUGUGUGUACCGGGGUGAAAUAA